CCUUCUGCUCCUGCUACGGGGUGCGGCCUGCCCGGCCUCUCGCGCCGCUGCCAUGCGCCCUGCGGCCUUCCCGCUUCCUGUGGUGGUGGCCGCCGUGCUGUGGGGGGCGGCCCCCGCGCGGGGGCUCAUCCGAGCGACCUCGGACCACAACGCCAGCAUGGACUUCGCGGACCUACCCGCUCUCUUCGGGGCCAGCCUGAGCCAGGAGGGCCUGCAGGGCUUCCUUGUGGAGGCUCAGCCGGCCAAUGCCUGCAGCCUCAUUGCCCCUCCGCCCCCAGCCCCGGUCAACGGGUCAGUCUUUAUCGCACUGCUUCGAAGAUUCGACUGCAACUUUGACCUCAAGGUCCUGAAUGCUCAGAAGGCGGGGUAUGGCGCAGCGGUGGUGCACAACGUGGGCUCCAACGAGCUUCUGAACAUGGUGUGGAAUAGCGAGGAAAUCCAGCAGCAGAUCUGGAUCCCGUCCGUGUUUAUUGGGGAGAGGAGCUCCGAGUACCUGCGUGCCCUCUUUGUCUACGAGAAGGGGGCUCGGGUGCUUCUGGUCCCAGACAACAGCUUUCCUCUGGGCUAUUACCUCAUCCCCUUCACAGGCAUCGUGGGCCUACUGGUUCUGGCCAUGGGAGCAGUGAUGGUAGUCCGUUGUAUCCAGCACCGGAAGCGGCUCCAGCGGAAUCGACUGACCAAAGAGCAGCUCAGGCAGAUCCCUACCCAUGACUAUCGGAAAGGAGACCAGUAUGAUGUGUGUGCCAUCUGCCUGGAUGAGUAUGAGGACGGGGACAAACUGAGAGUGCUUCCCUGUGCUCAUGCCUACCACAGCCGUUGCGUGGACCCCUGGCUCACCCAGACCCGGAAGACAUGUCCCAUCUGCAAGCAGCCUGUGCACCGUGGGCCAGGGGAUGAAGACGAGGACGAGACUCAGGGGCAAGAGGGUGAUGAGGAAGGGGAGCCAAGGGACCACCCUGCCUCAGAGCGGACCCCGCUUCUGGGCCCCAGCCCCACGCCACCUGCCUCCUUUGGCUCCCUAGCUCCAACCUCUCCUGUUCUGCCUGGGUCUUCAACAGAUCCCCCACCCGCACCCCCUUCCUCUUCAGCUACCAUCUUGGUCUAAUAGUUCCCUGACCCCCACCCCCGCCAUGCACCCCUCCCAUGACCUAUUUGCACAGCCUCUCAUCCUCGCUCAGUUUUCUGUGUUGAGGGAUGGGGGGCAUUUCCACCCCAGGUUUCUCCCUCCCUCAACCCCAUCCUUUUGAGGGGGUUGGGUCUGGAGAGGGACUGGGUCUUCACUUACUGGGUCAAUAAAGUUUUUGUGAACUAAGGAAA